AUGUCAUCUACCGAAGCGCCUUCCACAAGAGAACAACCGGCCACUAAGGCCGCGUCAGGUGGCGAAAACAACUCCUCCGCGUUAAAUGCGGAAUACCAGGCUGAGGAUACAGAUAUAAUCUUGAGAUCUUCUGAUGGUCUGGACUUCAAAGUUCACAAAUGGGCUCUCAUGGGAAGUUCUAAAGUCUUUCAUGGGAUGCUUACCGUCGGAAAUAACGAGAUUGGUGCUACCAUAGAAUUAAUGGACGAGAAGAUUGAACACUCUCGGAAUAUCAAGUCUUUUCUUGAUCUAGCUUACUCGAAGUCGAUGAUAAAGUUUGCCCUCAACGGAGAUGAUCGCAAUCCCUCAUCUGAUCUGAUUGAUUUCCUUCUCAAAUACGAAGCGACAUACCCUCUGUUGUGGCUGAAAGCAGCCUUGAAGGCUUUCAUUGCAUACAAUGACAUCGGCCCUCUUGACAUGUUUAUCGUUGGUGCCCAACUGGACUCGAUUGACAUCUGUAUCGCUGCUAUAAGGUGCGAAAGUAACAUCGAUUGGGCCGAUGGACAGGUAGGUAUUUACUGUACAUGCCCCUUGCCGCGGCAUGGCCAUUUGGAGUUUUCUGGGUAG